GGGGCCAGGGUUCCUAUUUGCACCUCCUGCCAUAUUUCUAUCAGAGGGCCAUUUAUUGCGGCCCUGGACAAGACCUGGUGCCCCGAUCACUUCGUCUGCGCCAACCCAGCCUGUGCCGUGCCCCUGAUCAACUGCGGAUUCGUUGAGGAGGCUGACCAAUUAUAUUGCGAGAAUGAUUUCGAAAAGUAUUUGGCGCCAAAAUGUGCCAAAUGCUCUCGGGCUAUCGUCGGGGAAGUAGUAAACGCCUUGAGGAACACUUACCACAUGCAUUGUUUCGUUUGUGUCGCUUGUGGCCAGCCAAUCGGUAGUGGGAGCUUCCAUAACGAAGACGGAAAGAUUUAUUGUAUCAAAGAUUGGGGUAAACUUUUCCAGACGAAAUGCUACGGCUGUCAGUUCCCCAUCGAGCCUGGAGAUAAGUGGGUGGAAGCUCUAUCACAGAAUUGGCACUCUGAAUGUUUCAACUGCUCGACGUGUCAGAUGAACCUGGAAGGCCAGCCGUUCUGUGCCAAGAAUGGGAAACCCUACUGCAAGAAACAUGGAGCAACACGCAAUUUCUAG